UUAAUAGAAAUGUUAAUCCAACUCAGCUUGAAAACUGAGGCCGAGCGGUGGGAUAUUUUUGCGUAGACCUCGAAAACUAAAAACAACCGCCGGUUAUAUGUACAAAUAAAGUUGUUGAAAAUGUCGAGCCUUAUGACAUAUUUCAAAAUCAUCGAAAUCGAAAAAAAUGUUCUUCAUCGACAACUUUAUUGGUUUUGCUUUAGGGGAAUCGCAGAAUGGAAAAGAUGAAGUUUUCUGGAGUUUUUGUUAAAUUAAAGAUCAGAACCGUUCUAUGCAAAAGGUUUUAUUAGGUCAUGACCCUGGAUGGAACGAUCCUCCGAAAUGGAUAUAUUGUACUGGACAAAGUUCUAUAACACCUACUAAACGAGUACUGAACAAGAGAGUAGCAUUUCCAAUGGGAUCUAUACAAGCUGUAGAUAAACAAUCUUCUGUAAACAAGCCAUUAAACAUGCCACCACAUGUACAGGGUAAGACUGAUCAAUUAACAGCACCACAUCCUCCAUUGUUAUAUCCUUCAAACAAAAAUAUAGAAGGAAACAACAUAGAGAUUGAUAAAGAGGAGGCAUUAAACAGCAUUUUGAAAAAUUUGGAAACAGUAAUUAGUGAACAUAUAUUGGAAAAUGGUAGAACUAAGGAGGUAAAGAAGAGAUUAGAUAUAUUGAAGGCUGUAUGGCUUGAAGAUAAAUUAAAUAAUGUGAUAUACAAGAAUGUUUUAGAUUUGUCUACAGCUUUACUAGAGGGGAAUAUUAAAAAAGCUGAUGAGAUACAUGUUUCAUUAAUGAUGCAACAUGCUAGUCUGUGUAGUGCAUGGAUGCCUGGAAUUAGACAUAUUAUUUUAGAAUUGGAAACCAAAAUGAAAAAUUCAAAUGUAACACAAUCUCAAAGCCCUGAAUUACAUUUAUUAUCUACUGAAGAAAAUAAGUAAAUAAUGAUUCCUUGGGUAUAUCAUAUUUGCAUGCAGUAACUGUUUUGUGAUAGUUAUUGACAUCUUUUCGCUUAUAAGUUUAUAUAUUGAUUGAUGUUAUUAAAAAGUGCAAACCAAAAAGAAACUAUUGAUAUUAUGAAUGUAACAAAUUUUAUUGUAAUAAAACAAAUCCCAUGAAAUUUAUAUAA